AUGUCACGCACUCUCGCCGCCCCACCAAUGUUCUUCGACACCACCAAGCCAAAUUACACCACCACAAUCAGCAUUCGCCCAGCCUACUGGAAGUUGAUCCCAUACGCCUCCUUGCCUCGCCCACAAGGCACUGCCUCCGCUCUCAAGAUCCGACUCCGCGCGCUUGGGGUCUACGUCAAGAUCUCAGCAACGGCCAAGCGCUGCGAGAAGCUCUUGCAUCGGUUCGAGAGAGGUCUCCUCGCCUACGAGGACCUCUCCACCUCCCAACUCACCAUCUUCGCCCACGAUCGCGGCCUGCCAUGCCAGCCAGAGGCCAACCAGCAUACCCAGCUGGUCAAGCUUCUGGAGAAAGCAGACGACGAGCAGAAGUUUGAGAAGUUCUUGGAUUUGCCUGCCGAGUUGCGAUUGAUGGUGUACGAGUUCCACUUGGGCAGCUUGGAGGUUCCGACAUGGGGAAAUAGGGUCCGACCACCGCCAUUGUGUAGAGUGUCAUCGUUGUUGAGAGAAGAGGCAAUGCCUUUGUUCAAGGAGAAGGAGAAGAAGGCGUGA